GGGGAAGGAAACCCCCCCCCCCAAGAGGUGUAUAAGAACUGGGGGGAGGGGUAGGUGUGGGCCUAUCUCUCCUGUGGCUGUAGCAGAAAUAUCCCCACUGCUAACAAAUCUCUCCAUAUGUAAAGGUGGAUAUGAAUCCAGUAGUUCCUGGGCCAUAUCUGGGAUUGGUAUACAAGGAUGCCCUGUAUUUCUCUAUGCACAAGUUUGUAGGAGGAGUUGAGACACCUGGCAUUUUGAUUGCAAAGAAGAAUCUAUUCAGGAAUAUUGUGCCUGAAACAUGUGGAGGGGGCACAGUUUUCUUUGUCACCAAAGAGGAUCAUCGUUACCUCAAGGACAUUGAGAAUCGUGAAGAAGGAGGCACACCAGCAAUCAUUCAAAGCAUCAGAGCAGGGCUCGCAAUGCAGCUCAAGAUGAAAGCUUGGAAUGCAUGGAAUGAUGUUGAAGAGCUGGUGAUCCUUGGAAGUCAAUGGAAGACUCGAUUGGCAAUCUUCUCCUUUUUAGUGAAGCCUUUCCCCAAGAGAAACUUGUUCUUGCAUUACAACUUUAUAUGUGUCCUUCUCAAUGACCUGUUUGGAAUUCAAGCAAGAGGUGGCUGUGCCUGUGCUGGACCUUAUGCUCAGAAUCUUCUUGGCAUAGAUGUCAAAAUUGCUCAUCAAUAUGAAAGUCUCCUCCUUGAAGACAGACUCCUUGUGAUUGGCUGUUUCAGUCGUCUGGACAGAACCCACCUCCGAAGGCAUGAAGAGGGGUCUGAUAAUGAGUCAUUGAGGCCAGGAUUUGCUCGCAUCAACUUGAGCUACUUCAGUUCUGCAGAGGAGAUUGAUUUCAUAAUUGAAGCUGUGAAAUUGAUAGCAAAAGAUGGCUGGAAGCUUCUGCCUUUGUAUCGCUUCAAUCUACAGACAGGGGAAUGGUUGCAUCAUACAGAAACUGCUUUCAAGGACCGAAAAUGGCUGAGUCGUCUUCAUUUCCAUGAUGGUGAAGUGGGACAUGACCUGGUGCCUGAGCUACCCACUUUGAGGCAGCCACCAGCAACAUAUACUGAAUGUAUGAAUGAGGCCACAUCCAUCCUCACUGAUGCAUCUAAGUUGGUGGCCCAUCGGAAGCUUCCUGAUGAGUCUGUUUUGUUCUCAGACGAAGUAAACAAGUGGCGUUGGUUCCUACUUCCUAGCGAAGCAAGAGACAUCUUGAUGCAUUUGGGGAAGAUAUCUUCUCUGUCAGAGGCACCAUUCACCCCUAGAACAUACCAUCAAGUGGAUGACUCUCAAUUAAAGAACCAUGAGUCCUAUUGGACAGAUUUCCAUGAAGGAAUGUAUGACCCCUUGAAUGAACUUCACACAUCUGCUCGGAGUCAGUUGGCAUCCUUUGUCAAGCAUCAAGAGCAUCAUCACCAAGAUGACCGAGUCCAAGAGUCUCAUCAUGAUGGAAAAUCCUUUCUGAACAGCGUUCAAAGUGUCUGGAAGCACUUCAAGCCACCCAAGGAAAAAAAGACAGAAGAUUUGAAAUUAGGUAACAGGAGGAAAUUCUCAUGUCCAGAUGAAAACCUUGAGUUCUUAAGAAAAGGAGAGGAAGGAGGAAAGCCUUAUGAGAGGGGACUACAUAAAUCCUCAGAAGAGAUCCUUAUACCAGUGGAGCAAAUGCAGUGGCAUUCUCCUCCUAAAUCCAUCAUCAAACCUGCUCUUGAGGCAUUGGAGGAGUACCAGAUGAUUCAAGGAGGAGAUCGUGUCCUGGUCUGCUUGUCUGGAGGAAAAGACUCCAUGUCCUUGCUUCAUACUCUUCGACAGUAUCAGUUCAUAGCAAAGGCUCAACGAUUGUAUUUCUCACUGGGAGCAGUAACAGUGGAUCCAGGAAGCAAGGCCUACAAUCCCCGCCCUCUCAUCCCAUAUCUUCAUAGUCUUGGA